GCUAUAUUUUCAAAAAGAUAUCGAACAGAGGAUCGAUUAUGGUGUGUGUGUGUCGAGCUUCGGCGGUUCACUCCGCCGCGCCGUCGUUAGCACUUUCUUCUCUCUCGGCGCGUCCUCUGAGGUACGCAGUGCUUGGAGCUGGUUUUGCUGGGCUUUCAGUUACUUGGCAUUUGUUGAAGCUCUGUCCUAAGGACAUAUCUCUACUUAUCGACAUAUAUGACGAAGUUGGCACUGGUGGAGGAGCAUCUGGAGUCGCCGGAGGGCUUCUUCACCCUUAUUCUCCUAAAGUUAAACCUCUCUGGAAAGGUGCCGAGUGUUGGGCUGAGUGCUUAAAGCUUUUAAGCGUUGCGGAGUCAGCACUUCCCUCCAAAGAGUUGGAUGGAUAUCAUAAUAUGAAUGGAUCCGUUGUUCUAAGACGGGGUAUCUUGAGGCCUGCAAUCAGCUUGAAGAAUCUCAUGAUGUUAAAAGAAAAUGCUCAGAACGGACUCGAUAGCUGCAGAAUCGAAACAAUCGAUGGAGAUGCUGCCCAGAAUCUUGUUCCUAAGCUUAACAUUCCUCUAAAUACAGCUUUUUAUAUGCCUCAAGCUGUAAAUAUCAACGCUCAACGUUAUCUUGAGGCGCUGUUUAUAGCAUGUCAAAAUCUGACCAAGGAAACAUCACCCUCAAGUCUUGGUCAUAAGGAGUUGUUCUUGCAGAAAAAGUCUAUUAAGGAACUGGGUGAACUAGAAGGGACAUACGAUGCUGUGAUUGUUUGUCUUGGUGCUAAAAUGAUCAUGCUUCCUGAACUUACUGGAAAGCUUCCUUUGAGAACUUGCAGAGGUGUAGUAGCUCAUUUUCAGCUUCCCGACGAUAUCAGCAAUGCAUACCCAGAGCUUGGGCCUUCUAUACUGUCAGAUGCAUGGCUAGCCAUACAGAGUCCUAGAAGUUUAUAUAUGGGUUCAACAUGGGAAUGGAAAUCAACAAAUUCAUCACCUGAAGUUUCAGAAGAGGAGGGCUCAAGGGCGGUUGCAGAACUCUUACCAAAGGUGUCUGCCAUUUAUCCCUCAAUAAAGGAGUGGAGUUUCAGGAGAGCAAGGGCUGGUCUUAGAGCAAUGCCACCACUCACUCCUCAUGGAUCUCUUCCUCUUAUGGGUUGUAUAGACGAGAUUGUAAGACCUAACAGCUCUUGCAAGUACUGGUUAUUUGGAGGGCUUGGUUCUAGGGGAUUGUUGUACCAUGGUUGGCUUGGGAAACUAACAGCACAGGCUGUGCUUUCAUGCAAGGAAGAACUAAUCCCAUCUGAACUAAUCUCUUGGAAGAAAGUAAUGAAUAGUUAAAGCUUCUUCCUAAUUA